AUGAAGUCGGCGGCCCGGCGGCUGUUCGCCGGCGGCAUCUCGCAAGAAAUGGGAGUGACGUAUUCGGCGGCAAACGUUUCAUCUCCGCCAGCGGGGCGCACCUAUAGCCGACAGUUUGGGGCCGGCGGCAAAAAGAAGCCACUUCUGCGGCUAUUGGAGGAGAUAAUGAGUGAGAAGGAGAAUAAGACAAUCAUUUUUGUGGAGACAAAGAGGAGAUGUGAUGAGUUGACCAGGAGGAUGAGGAGAGAUGGCUGGCCUGCCAUGGGGAUUCAUGGAGACAAGAAUCAGCAGGAAAGAGACUGGGUUCUGAAUGAGUUUAAGUACGGGAAGGCCUGCAUCCUGAUUGCAACAGAUGUAGCCUCACGUGGAUUAGAUGUGGAAGAUGUCAAAUUUGUCAUCAAUUAUGACUACCCUAACUCAUCUGAAGACUAUAUUCAUCGCAUUGGAAGAACAGCCCGCAGUCAAAAAACAGGCACAGCCUACACCUUCUUUACUCCCAACAACAUGAAACAGGCCAACGACCUAAUCUCUGUCCUCCGAGAGGCAAACCAGGCCAUCAACCCAAAACUGAUCCAGAUGGCAGAGGACAGAGGAGGUCGAUCUCGUGGUGGUCGCAGUGGCUAUAAGGACGAUCGUCGAGAUAGGUAUUCUAGUGGGGGUAGGAGAGAUUUCAGUAGUUACAGAGAUAGGGAUUGUGACAGGGGUUAUGGUAGUGGACCAAAGGUGCAGAAUGGUGGCUAUGGAGGCAGCAGCUAUGACAAAAGUAACAAUAGCAGCAGUAGCUAUGGUAAUUGCUAUGGUGGCAAUGGCCAGACCAGCUACAACACAGCGAACUCAGUUGCUGCCUUUGGGAAUCAAACUUUCCAGAACCAGUCAUUCCCGGGUAAUCUGGCUCAGGCCCAGAAUGGGAUAAACCACCCACAGUACCCAUUUAAUCCUCCUCAACCGCACCAGCAGCCACCACAGCCCAUGGUUCCAUUCCCCAUGCCCCCUUCCUUCCCCCAGUAG